GCCGGAUGGACGUUCAGUUAUCAAAUAUCAAAUAAGCAAUUGUCUUUUUCGACGCUUUUCUAUUAUCCACAAUAUAUUUUUUCUUCUGCUUAUCGACUUUCUCCACAUCAAAUAUCAAAUAACAAAAACAAAACCUACUGCACUGUCGAUCAAACGAGUAAUCCGCUUGGAUUUACCUUGUUCUUUAUUCGCUUUCUUGGCUGCCUCUGUUACUUUCAGAAACACUUUCUUUUUCUUCUUGUAAAUCAUCACUCGAGUUUCCUGUUUUCUAUUAUUUUGUUAUUUAUUUUCUCGCUUCUCCACACUUUCGCAGCAUAAACCGGGCGGUCGACACUCAAUGAAGGCGGUCAACAGCUUCCGCUCGCGCAUGCGGCUGGCGGACGCGAGCAUCGAUGCAGCAACAGUAGCAUCGACCACAACAAACGCUAAUGCAUGCUGCGAAAACAACAACGACGCGGCAGCGGCAGCAGCACCCGUGGCGCAGCGGCGACGGGCAUGCACAUCAGGCAACAGUACCGACGCAGUGGCAUUCCUCUCGCCGCCGCUCACCGGCGUCAGCGGCGACAAUAGUGCGCGGCGUGCGUGGGGUGUAGUGCCGCGCAAGCUACGCGGCCUGCACCCGUCGCCGGGCUUGAUCUACGUGCGCGAGAACCCGGCGCUGGUUACACAGGCGAUGGACAAGCUGUACGCGACGCUGGUCAGCACGUACAGCAUUGACAGCCGCGACAUUCGCGUCACCGACGUGCCCACAGCGUUUGACCUGCCGGCUGUUGUCCGGCGCAUUGGCAAGGACAAGCAUGUCGUGGUUAUUGUGGGUCUGCUCACACGCGACAGCGUGUGGUUUGAUGCCGGCCAGAUCGACCGCGUGCGCAGCUACCUGCUGCAGUGGUCGCAGGAGAACUGUGUGCCGCUGGUCGACGGCCUGCUUAUUGGCGACUCGCACAAGGAGCUGGCUGGACGCAUUGCAAGCCCACAAUGGAACGUGGCAGCACAGGACAACAUCGCAUCGGUGGCACCUCUCCAGCUGGCGUCUUCGCGGGCUGACGCCGACGAGGGCGACAUUGGUGGUGGCGAGUACAUGUUUGGGCACUAUCUUGCACAUCGCGCCAUGGAGAUGUUCUACUUUGAGCAUCGCGGCUGGUGACGGCCAUUUGAUUGAACGAACAUUAAAUGAAAUUAUAUCAAUUGAACACGAUGGCGCUGGACAAAAUAUGACCAGAGAAAAUAAUAUACACUGUAAAUAUGUCUACAUUUAUGAGCACACCUUGUACUGUGGAGCUCGCGCGCUGGCACGCGACACAUGAUUCCAGAAGCAAUUAAAGUAUAGCUGACUAGUAUUUGUAAACCCC